AGUAUUGAGCGCGAACGGUUCAAGUGCUUGCAUAUUUUCGCCAGAAAUAAAUAUGCUGUGUGUAUCAUUUCUGACAUAUUUCGUCUCCCAGAAUGCUGGUCUCGUUUGAAAUAUCGCCGAAAGUUUUCCUAAAUUUCUACCAAGCAACAUCUAUUAUGACAGCUAUUCCCCGCUAAACACAAAUGCUGUUCCAGGGAGGAGAAGACAUGAAAUAAAGGAACCUUGGGCUAGCAGUUUGCGACAAUAUGGAUAACUCCAAAUGGGGUGCUCAAAGGGGUUGGAACAGGAUAUCAGUGAAGAGAGAAAUUCCUGGAGAAUCAUUUGACAACGAAUAUGAGAUGCAGGAGGCUUGGGAACCCUUGGUUAAGCAGGUGAAGCAGGAGCAGUCACCUAUGGACACAGAAAUUGGCAAUGUGCAUGAAGGACAGUUUGCGCCAAACACAGCAGUGAAGUAUGAGGCAGAGGAGUGGGGCCGGGACUCGGACAGUGGGAUUGUCGAGGAGUGCCCGUCUGAGUUCAUUUCGAGCAAACUUCUGAAAGAGGAAGAGUCGGAGUUGGAGUCAGACAGCGGCAUUUCAGACGAGUGCGCAGCACAGGCCAGCACACAACCGGGUCACGUUCAGAGCCCCCACGAGACAUUCCUCGAGGAGGAAAUUAUGUGGAGGUUCAGCGAGGAUUCUUACGGCACCUGCGAUCCACUGUCCACCGAAGAGGACCGGCAGCCCGAGAUGCCACUUGAAGUCGCCAUCAAGGAGGAGCAGCCAGACAGUGGGGAUGAAGCUGAAAGAGGACACCAGUUCGAAGACUUGCUGACGAAGAGGGGGAAGUUGCCACCACCUUACUGGGGGCCGCGCGUCCUCAGUGUCCGGGCCCCGGAAGACCGACUUCCGAGCGGACACACGGAUCUGUACGCUGUGGGCCCACCUCCGAACAGCUACGCGGCCCCGUGCCCUGCGGACCCACCUCCGGAAGGCUACGCGGCUCCACCGCCACCCCCCGACUACUGGGACGCCAGGCCGCACCGACUGCCCAAGACGUACCACUGCCCCUUGUGCGUACGGUGGUUCACCAGCGUGCCGCACCUCAGGCGCCACUACAACACUGCCCUCCACAAGCGCCUCGCCGUGGAGAAGGGGCAGCCUGCUGUGCCUUACUGCAAAAAGUCGAGGCGGUCACGAGCUGCCUUCCUCAAGACCCUCCAGGCUUCAGGGGAUGGCGGCAACUCUCGUGACGACACCGGAGAGGGCGGCAGGAAGCCGCCAGAACUGGGAGCUUGUGCACCGGCACUGCCACUGCCAGGGGCACAGAGAUUGCUGCAACCACCACCACAACCACAGCCCCAGGGGCCGCCUCCGCCACCGCCACCACCACCAAAGGUGCCACCACCAUCACUGCCGUCGGGCAUCAGGAACACAUCUAGGGCACAGGUGGGCCCACCAACACUGCAGCAGCCACAACUGAUGCCAGAUGGAGGCAGAGCACCGGCGUACAUGCCACAGCCUUUCUGCUCAUACGAGUACGAGUGGCAGCGACACGAUGUGCCCAGGCUGUUCGGGUCCCAGUGCUGCCAGCCACCGUGGGUACCUGAUGGUCCACAGGACAGCCUCGCAUUCCAGAUGAGAUGGGAUAUGAUACACUCGCAGCAGCAGCAGCAGUACCUGUACCAGCACCGAGUGUACGAGCAGCAGAAAAUACGGCACCGAAUACAGCAGGAGGAGCAGCACGACCUCUGCCUGAAACACCUUCAGCAGCAGCAGCAGCAGCUCGUGCAUCCUCGUAGGUCAGGCGACAGCUCACAGUCAUUGUCUGUACCGACUACAAGUGUUACCAGUUCUGCAGUUACUGUCACGCCUGACAGUAGUGGUACAGGCGGUACUGCGCGAAAGACCGUCUCGUCCUUCCCCCCUGAUGACACCCCUUUCAGGAAUGGCAGACAGAAUGCUUACCGGAUCGUGCCACAGAUGGUCUGCGAAAGGAAUUUACGUGACAGUGUGAGUCGGACCCGUCCGCAGUCUGGCAUGCCACAGUCGAUGCCCGUCACGGCCGGUCAGUGCAGGGGCGAGGCAGUUCUUCUCCCCCGACACAUCGAGAAGCUGCAGUCUCAGUACCCCGGCAUCACAAUAUGUGCAGCCGAGUCGAAACGUUCUCCUCCUCCAACUCCCUCAGUUACGGCGACGGUCGCCUCGCCGGACGGCUCCCCCGAGUUGGCACGCGUGUGUCCCGUCUGUGGUGUGUCCUUCGACAAUGACACUACCUUGCGGCGGCACGUCGUCAUCUCCCACUCUGGCGGCACAUUCUUAGAGUGUGAGCUCUGCGGGGCGGUGCUCCCUGAUCUCACGACAUACCGAGCCCACCUCCUGGAGCACGGUGCUGGAGCCGAUGCCGGCAAACGGCACUCUUGCGACGAGUGCCCCAAGAGGUUCACUAACAGAGCACACCUGGCCCGCCACAAAAUGUUGCACUCUGGGGAGCGGCCAUACGUCUGUCACGUCUGCAGCAAGGGCUUCAUUCGCAAGGACCACAUGCUCAAGCACGCCAAGGUGCACGACUGCCGUUGUGCCUUCUGCGUCCCCGGUGCCAUGUACGAUUCCGCGUGA